CUAUAAAACAUGUUGAAAAUUAUGUAAUAGAAAAUGGUUUUGAAGUUGUAAAACGUCGAACUCAAAAAAACAAGGGUAGUGACAUCAUAUAUCGCACUUUAGAAUACAAACAUUCUGGUGAGCACAAAGCUAAAAAAAAGGCUGACACAGAAGAAAACCGUGAACAUGAAAUUGAAAGCUACAAUUCAUUGAUUAAACGAUCGGUUAAAACUUCAACAACGUUAUAUAAAUUAGAUGUACAGAUUCAAUUGCAGCUUGAUAGAGAAGAACAAUUUGAAUAUAAUGACCAAAUUAACCAAAAUCUGACUGUUGGAUUACCUAAUAUUAUAGAUAGGUACUUUAGUCAAAUUAAUGUAUCUCUCAAGAAUUAUCUUACUCCACGAGAUCAAAUUACUAAAAAUCAAGUUCAUUAUAAACCAAUUAAAGUAGCAAAUGAUAUAGAAUUUGCUGAGGAUAGUUAUGAAUCUGUUAUAACAAACUUGGAUUCAUUAAUUAAAU